AUGCAAAUCGCCCAUUCGUUGGCCAAAAGCGGCAAGACCGUGAACAGCGACGUGUACCUCGACGCCGUGCUGCACAAAGUUGUGCCUGCGAUCAAGGCCAAGUUCCCCCGAGGACGUCUGCAGCACGGCGUUGUCGUCCAACAGGACAAUGCAAGUCCACAUCGGUGUGUAACGACUGACAUGCUGCGAACACGGGGCGUCGAAGGCAUUUCCAUCGCCAACCAGCCAGCGAACAGCCCCGACUUUAAUGCAGAUUACGUAUCGGCAGAACUCAAGGCAAGCAUGUCGUCCAAUGGAGGCGCCUCUACGUUUGGCGUUGCCGACAAAACUCUCGCUCGGCGUCGGUACUUCCGAGAGAAGCAGCGCGCGCAUCGCCGCAAGUUGAAUUCUGAUGGGGCGAUUGUCAAAGCACAGAUAGAGCACCUUCAGCCGAUCCUUGAUGGCCUUCAAGCCAGCAUACCGCCGCCGUCCAUGGCGCCGCGUGAAGCAAGCGAUGGUCCUUUGUCCUGGCAUUCCAUUGCCAUAGUGUUCAAAAGAGAAGCCCACCGGGUCUUGACGGACCGCCAGUCACUGAUUACUCAAACGCAAGAGUAUCAAUCCCUCACGAAGGCCAUGCAACGCUUUGUCAUGAUGAACAUUCCGUCGCCCAUGUCCCGCAGCAAUCAUGCGUGGCACAGUGCGACGUUGGCGGCCGACCCGAGUGCUCGAAACCUGGGCAAGGAGUGGCUCACACAGCACAUGUACCACAACAUACACGAGCCGUUCACGUUGCUUCCUGCCGCGAGCUAUCACGACGAUUUUUUCAAAUUUGACAUUCAAGCGUCAGACGAUAGCGAUCCGAUUACGGGCGUGGAAAGGAUGCAGUUCUCGUGGCCAGGCACGGUGCAAAUGUUUCGACGCCUGGUUGCGUCCAACAUGUGGCCGGCAAUGUUAUUCAAUUCCAAUGACAUGGUGGUGGAAGAGACGACACCCAACACACGCCUGUUUCGUACCAUCACUCCUAAAGGCAUCUUCGUGAACUCACUCCAAGGACACUUCGUCGAAGCCAACAGGUUCAUCAUGGUCAUGCGCCAAGUCGAACACGACGAAGCCCAUCUGUGUGACCCCCUCCACAAGCAGCAGCACAACAUGUCGUGGACCGAGGUUCGGCAGGUAUCGCCAACACACAUCUUGCUGCGCGUUGUGAGCCAUGUGUCGCACAUAUUUCGACCUGGCGGCGGGUUUGUGAGUGUGGACGAGUUCGCGGCGCUGAGGGGCGUCGAUGUGACGGGCAUCCAAGACGACCAGAAGGACGCGUACGUGCGGCGUGAACUGAUCCGACGGGAGAAUUCAGAUUUCGUGCCUUGGGUACAAGGAUUCAUGGGCUUGAUGCACCAGUGCGCGACAAACUAA